AUGUCGCAGGGAAUUUCUCUAGUCACUAUCGGUACGUUUUACAGUUUGAAGCCGCAAAGAAAAAUCUUGAAAUCGUUUCAGCCGCGGUGAUAAUCGCCGUCGGAAUUGCAAUUGGUUCGCUCGUCCUGAACAUCAUCAUCCUCAACAAUGUUAACGAUCUCACUACUACCGUAAACAAUAACCCUGUUUGGCACUAUACUCCGUCUCCUCAAGUCAACUCGUCAACUGGCAAUGUGAACAACAAUGCUGCCUACAAACAAGCUGCCGCCUAUCUGCUGAACGGACUUGACGACACAGUCGAUCCGUGCCAAGACUUUUACGCGUUCACUUGCAACAAGGUACGUCAAAUAGAACUCUUUCCGGCUUCUUUCUAUGUUCUCAAUUUACAGUUCCUCCAAAGCACCGACCUCCAAAAGCUGCAAAGAAGCCGUCUGGGAACUUAUGACCAAGCUCAAAUCGACGUGUACUCUGAAAUUAUUUCUGCUCUCGACAGUGUCGACGUUACUAACGAGGCAACCUCCAAGACAGAGCGGAUUACCAAAGCGGUAAGCGGCUGUUUCGUCAUAUUGUUCUUAUGAUAUGCACAUUCCAUGAUGAUUUAGUGACUUAUUUUAGUGAUGACUAAGAAAAAUCAUUAUCUCGGUUAGUCAGUUGGCACUCAAUUAAUCACCGCUUUGAAACUGUUUUAUAUGAUAAGGAGUCAGCAACUACCUCAUAAAAUUUCAAACUUAAUAUUUGCAGGCGUUUGAUUCGUGCAAGAACUACUUAGGGAACCCGCCAGAUAGGACACAGACCGUAUAUGCCGAGAUCAAAGAUUUGUAAGGCUAGGGAGAUUCUUUUUAUGUGUGUAUGGGCUGGUCAUUUUUCAGGUUCGGAGGAGUUCCAUUCUUCGGAGAAUCGUUGAAGACCAACUUGGAUUACUGGGAUGUGGCUGGACAGAUUGAGCAGAAGCACGCUGUCGGAACUCUUACCUACACCAUUGGUUCUUCCGACUACAAGGACCACACUCAGAAUGCCCUCUAUACUGGACCGGUUGGGUUGAGUGUCGGAUUCAUUGAAAAUAAGAAACGGUUUUCAGCCAGAGCUCACUCUCGCCAGAGAUUUCUAUGUGAAGCCGCAGUAUAUUGCGGAGGUGAACGGCCGCGUCGACGAUAUCAACUAUCUUCUCACCACAUUCGCUUCUGCCGUUGGAAAGAACGUCGGUGCCGAUGCUCUUCUUGCCGCUGCUCAAGAAGUUGUCAACUUCGAGGUCCAAAUCGCAAUGGCUUCCUGGCCGGAUGACUUGUUGAGGUUUGCAACAUUUCUCGUCUUUUUAUCAGUAUGUGCCGCAAAGAACGAUUCAAUUCCAGAUUAGAAAGAAGGACAGGUUAAACUCGAAACUUUCAGAAACUAUCAACAACAGUACAAUCCUUACAACAUUGCCAGCGCCACUACCGCCUACGGAGCCAUCAACUGGAAGUCGUACCUUGGACAACUGUUCAAUGGAGUUAGCGAUGCUACCGCACAGUCUAACUACAAUGUAUUUCACAGCAAAAGAUGCUUCAGUUUUGUUUUCGGUUUUUGCAGAUUGUUGUCACGGAGCCGUCCUACUUCGCAUGGCUGAACAGCGUGUUUGCCGGUCAGAUCUCAAACCAGACCGUUGUUGCCAACUAUAUGAUUGCUCAACUUCUGUCCGAUGAGUCUGAUUUCCUGAACCCUGCCACGUCGAGAGCCGCAUCCAAGAUGAACUACAUCCAUUAUGCCCUCAGACACGGUCGUGGAAUCAGGAGGUGAUCAAUCAAACACGUCUACUUCUUAUCAGUUUUUGUGUUGCUUGCAGACUCGGAAGAAGAGACUACAGAAAGAUGGAUUUGGAUGGCAUUUCUCAAGGUUGCAUGGAUCUGCUGACCGCUUACAUGCCUUAUGGAACUGGAUACGUCUACGUCAAGUCUAAAGACCAGAAGUACUCCGUUCAGAGUGACGUCAGGAAUCAGACUAACUUGAUUAUCAGCAACUUCCAAGUGAGUCACGGAACAAGAUAUUUUGCUAGUUUUAAUGAUUCUAGGAAAUGAUUAAUUCUCUCGAGUGGAUGGAUGAUUUCAGCAAGAAUCGUGCGCACAACAAAUGUAAAUUUAGAGAAAAGCCGUUCACUUUAUUUAAACGUUCCUUGUUUUCAGCUGAUAGUUUGGUCAAGAACUACGGAUGGCCUGAGACCCUUUUCGGUGAUUUCAAAGACUUCAGCGUCAUCGAUGCCUACAAUCAGGAUUACGCGUCCAUCAUUGAUAUCUACAAAAAAGACAAAUCCAACAUUUACGACAUUUUCUCCGUUUUGAAGAAGGGAAUGGAAGUCCGAGAGCUCUUCAGAAUAUUGACUGAACCAGCGAAGAGGUGAGUGAUUCAAUCACAAAAAAAUAAGCUAAUCGGAUUGGUUUUCAGAGAGAACUUCCUGCAAUCUCCGGCAAUGGUGAAUGCCUGGUAUCAACCGGAAAGAAACUCGAUCACUUUCCCAUACGCCGCCUGGAAUCCACCGUACUACAACUUCGACUACCCGCAAGCUUACAACUUUGCCGGACAAGGAGGAACUGGAGGACACGAGCUGACCCACGGUUACGAUGACGAGGGAGUGCAGUUCGGAUUCAAUGGAGAGCUGACCGAUUGUGCGUGGAACAAGUGCGGAUGGAUGGACUCAAACUCUUCCGCCGGUUUCAUUGACAUGGCUCAAUGCGUCGUCACGCAGUUCAGCACUCAAUGUUGCCCCGAAAAGACCGGAAAUGUGCACUGUGCCAACGGAGCCACCACUCAAGGAGAGAACAUUGCUGACUUGGGAGGACAACAGGCCGCCUACAGAGCCUACAGACAGUACAUUGCUACCACUAGAAGCGGAGUCGAGGAGGACAGACUUCCGGGUCUGGAGAGUUACACUCCAAACCAGAUCUUCUGGAUCACCUACGGAUACUCCUGGUGCAUGAAACAAACGGAUGCCAACUUGGUUCAUCAGGUAAGUGACCCCCGCCCCAAUCUGUUUCGUACUAACUAACUCGUCAGUUGCUCACCAAUCCACACUCUCCUGCUCAGUGCAGAACUAACCAAGUCAUGCAGGAUAUUCCGGAAUUCGGAAAAGAUUUUGGAUGCGCCCGUGGAACCCCGAUGUAUCCAGAACCAUCGGGACGGUGUAAGGUUUGGGUAGGACAGUAA